GCGGCUGGCAAUUUCGGGCCCAAAACCGUACCGCUAAGCUACGUGUACUUUUUCUUGGAGCUCUUUUGUUUCUGUGCUGGCCGGCCGCCGGAAGAACUAACUCAAAACUGCGGAAGUUGAAGAGCAAUUUCAAAGAUGGCAUCUUUAAAAAUGGUGCUGAGUGCUGGGAUGCUUUCGUUCAUCCUCAUCUCCUGCCUUGUUGUUGUUGAGGCUGGUGACAAGCCUAAGAAGCUCCAGAUCGGCGUCAAGAAGAAGGUGGAAAACUGUGACCGGAGAUCCAAAGCUGGUGAUUCCUUGCAUAUGCAUUACACAGGCACACUACAAGAUGGAACCGAGUUUGACAGCAGCAUUCCAAGGGGAAGUCCAUUUGUUUUUACUCUUGGCGCAGGCCAGGUGAUCAAAGGCUGGGACCAGGGCCUACUCAACAUGUGUGUUGGAGAGAAGAGAAAACUAGUUAUCCCAUCUGACCUAGGAUAUGGAGACCGGGGAUCACCUCCCAAAAUCCCAGGGGGUGCCACUCUUGUCUUCGAAGUAGAGCUGAUGAAAAUUGACAGGAAGAAGGAGCUAUAACCAGUCCCCAGCUGAGCUUAAAAUCAGGCCUUAUUUCUUAAUACUCAAAACUAGAAGCAUUGAUAGCAUUAGUGCAAUGACUCGGAAGGGUUUUUCUAUUUGAAUCCUCUUGCUUCCUGUAUCAUCUGCAAGUAACAGGCAUGCACCUUUUCAUUAAAAAAAAGUGCCAUAGAAAACUGAAAAACACUAAAAAGGUUAAUUGUGAUCGGCAAUUCCUCUCUCUUUUUUUUUGCAAUUAGAAAGUUGCAUGUCAAGUAAGCCGACAGACAAGGAUUUAUUCUCAUACUCUCAACAUCAUCAUCAGUGUAAAACUUGGUUGUGCCAUAUUUGAGAGUCAUUGUAACCGUGUGUUAUAAUGGUGUUGUGUACAUUUUAGGCCAUGCAACUCUUCACUCACACACUUUGAUUCCCAAAAUUUGACUCCCAAAAUGGCGAGCAGACAGAAGCAGAGUGUAAUGUUGAUGCAAAGGGUGAAUAAGGGAAAGCACCGAUGCUCAGUCAAUGACUUUCAGAUGCUAUAUAGCAGAGGUACAAAUUAAUUUUGCACACUAUUUUUUUUGGAAUAAUGGAAUUGUUUAGUAAAUUAGGUUCCAUUUGUGACUCCGACAGUCUGUCUCCCAAAGAGACGGUUUCAUUAAGAGAUAAACAGAGACAUUGAUAUUAGAUGGAGUUCUUUACAAGGAGAGAAGAAACAAAAGGGUUCUGUUUUACAUUAUUUUUGUCACCUUAUCUCGAUUGGAAGCAGUUACAGCUCAAGAACAGUUUACAUUCUGCAUUCAUUUGUGGUAAUGCAUCAAGGAGAAUUGUCCAAUUGUAGCAAUAAUAAUAUUAUGAGAUCAGUUUUUGUAUUGAAUAAAUAUUGGAAGAGACUAAAUUGAUUUGGUCUUAGAUCUUUA